CCAUAUCCUGUUAACACAAGAAAAAAAUAACACUGACAUUCUUCUUCUCUUCUAUAAAAAACAACAUAAAAGAAAAGUAAAAGAGAAAAUGAAAAACCAACAACUCCCCGAACCCCCCAAACAAGCCGCCUACAACCAGCCCUCCAACCCCGUCUCGCACACCCCCGCCGAGCAACGCAUUCUCUCUACGCACCAGCAACAACCUCAGUCGUCUCAGUUCACUAGACAGGGGGGGAAAGUGACUCGGCAUGCGGGGGAUAUUGUCAUCGACACGGCGAAAGACACAUCCCACCGUCCCUCUUCUUCGUCAUCGCCCUAUACCACUGCUUCCAGCGCCAACACCAACGCUGAUAUCAAAAACGACAUGAAUAUAGGCUACGGCGUCGAGCAACAACCCAACGAAGGCUAUAUUGCGCAUGCCGUCGAAGACAAUUCCCGCUAUAAUAACAACAACAUCAACAAUAUCAAAGAUGACAGUCCCAGGGAACACCUCGAAGGAUGCGACGGCUACGACGAAGAAGACGACCUAAUGGCGCAUAUGAGCCGCAAACGCAGAGAACAUGAUCGGGUGCUGAGGGAGAGAAUGGAGGGGUCGUCGCCUGGGGCUGAUGUCGGGUGUGUGGAGAGGGAGGCGCUGAGGCGGAGGAAGUUGGAGGAGGAGAGGUUGGAUGUUGUGGGGGCUGUGAGGAGGGGGACGGGGUCGCCUGUUGUUUAAUUUCUUCUUGAUGUUAUGGAUCGGAUUGGAUCGGGUGGGUUGUAUGUAUGGGUGGCAGUGUUGUUGUUUGUUGAGGGUUGAGUCUGAUGUGCUAGUUGAUUCAAGUGAAGUAAAUAUGCAUUGGGUAUCAUUAAGUAGUAAAACGUAGUAAAUGUUGCACAGAUAAUC